AUGAUUGUCGAAGAUGAGCGAGACACAUAUGCUAGUAAUUUUGAUUACGACCAUGUUGAUAAUAAUUUCUCCACAACUGAAGUAUCUACUAGUCCAAUUCCCAACUUGACAACAAUGUUUGAAAGGAUAACACAUGUUCAUCAAAGGCAAAAUCAUCGCCAACUUCAAGCAGACUUGGUGGAACAUAUUUGGGAGAGAUUUGGUCAUGAGAACAACGAAAGUUAG